ACCCAUAUAGAUAAUAUAUCUUUAUAAUCUAUGAAUAUCACAGAAUAUUAUAUUCUGAGCUAAUAUCUUUGCCUAACCCGCUGGAACUAAAUAGUUGUUUAAUAUUGUUUGCUGUUGUGUGCUGUUAAUUUACUAUUUUAUUCAUACGUGUACAUGCUACAAACUACAAAUGUCGGGCAACGAAUUCGCUAUAUUUCAAAAAAAUAAUCUCAAUAAUUCUUGUGAAUCUACGGAUAACACAACAGGUUCUAAUUCUGAAAUGGCAUUAAUAAAUAAUGGUAUUGAUGAAACUUUAAAUAAACUUGUUGAAAAUGUAUUUCAUUUUACCAUGAUACCUCGCUUCGAUAAAGAAUACGACUCCCCAGUUAUUUAUUUACCAGAUUUAUUAGAAGUAUUGAAGUCAAAUGUCAAUAAUGGAGAAGAAUUAGAAUUUCUUGAACAAACAAUUUUCGAAAGAACACUAUUGGCUGAUCCAAAAGCAUAUUUACUCAAGACCAAACCCAAUGUAUUAAUUACUUCACAUACUGAGGAGAAGGAGUGCAUUGUGUAUUUAUUUCAAUGCUUCAUUGAAUUGACUUUUGCUAAACAAGAAAAUCGUUAUCCAUCAAUCGGAGAAGAUAUUUAUUCAAAAAUAUUUGGAUUUUUGUGUACGAAUGUAUCUACAGCACUUAAACAACCUGAUUUAUAUAGUCCUCAAAACAUUAAUGAUCAGGUUUUAAAAAUAUUUGAAACCAAUAUGGCAUCUUUUGAAGAUUAUCUGAAAUUUUUUACUUCUGUUAAUAAACAAAUUAUUUUGGAUGAAGAUGAUGGAGGGUCACAAAUUCAAAGUAUAUACCAACCAAUACUUAAGAAAGUAAAAGAAAAAAUAUUACAAUCAACAAUUUUAUUUUUACCAUAUUGUGAGAUUGCAUUACUACAAGUAUUCUCUGCAGAACUAUUAUUAGCUAAUUUGUUGAUUGAUGACUGUUAUGUACCAGAUACAUCUCCCGGUUUCCAUUUUACAAAUACAGUGCUUGGAGCUGCUUUUGCAAUAUCAGGAUUACCACAAACACCAGGGGGUAGAUUUGAAUAUUUCCAAAAACCCAUGGAAGAGUUAUCUGGUCCAUUGGAAAGUAACAUAUGGUCUGGAUUGGAGACAUUACAUGUUCAAUUACAUAAAAUUGUAUUAUACCUCCUAAAAGUUGGACCUGAAGUAAAACAUAAGACAUUAUCUUGGUUGGGAAGUUGCUUGGAAAAAAAUAUGGGACGCUGUAAAUUAUGGAAUAUUGAAAUGUCAAUGUUAGGAUUUAUUUCAGAUGGAUUUGCAUUAAACUUAAGUGCAGUUCUUUUAAGACUGUGUCAACCAUUUAUUUCUAAUACAGAUAAUCCAAAAUUGUUGAAAAUUGAUCCUACCUACUGUGCUGCAAAAAUUCUUAAUAAUGAAGAAAGUAGACAACGUGGAGUACAUCUAUUAAAAUUAAAUGAACACACUAUGCUUUUACCAACUAAUGUUGAAGAUUCUAGAGAAGAUGAUAAUUCUUCAGACCAUAGACCUGUAGCUAAAGGACAGUUUAAUUUCAUCACAGAAUGUUUUUACAUGACACAAAAGUCUUUAGAGAUAGGUUUUGCUCAAGUACAAGAAAAAAUUACAAAUAUUAACCAAGAAUUAGCAAGAAUGCAACAGACUUUUGUAGAUGCUCAACAAUCUGGUUCAGCCACAUCCGAAGUAAUGAAACUUAUUAAUGAUCGAAUGGAAGGUGAAAUGACCAAAUACCUAUCUAUGAAAGCUGCACUUUUAGAACCAACAACAUUACAUCUUUUGAGUGACUUUCAAAAAGCAACAUGUAUUUGGCUUACUCAAGUUGUGUUGGAUGUAGACAAAGAUUUUCAAUCAAAUAACCUUGACUCUUAUUGUCCAAAUAAAUUCUCAGUUAUUGAAUUUCCAUUGCCUAGUGUUGUUCCUCCUACAUUAAAAUGCAUUCCAGAAUUUUUGUUGGAAAAUAUUUGGCGAUAUUUAACAUUGGUGCGUCGUUUUCAUUCUCGAUCUUUAGAGGAACCUGGUUUUUCACUAGUUAGUGAAUUAUUAAAUGCUGUUUUAAUAUUUAUGACAUCUAAUAGUCGAGUGAGAAAUCCACAUUUGCGGGCUCGUCUAGCUGAAUGUUUAGAUUGCUUAUUACCACAUAUGGAUGAAGAUAGCUCUGUAACAAAUUCAAUAGGGUCAUAUUACAGAGAGUUAUUAUUUUUAAGUCAUCCCCAUCGUAAACAAAUUGUUCAUGCUUUAUUGGAUGUGUUUGUGGGUAUUGAAAUGACUGGACAAAGUGUGGAAUUUGAACAAAAAUUUAAUUAUCGACGACCGAUGUAUGUUGUAAUGGAUUAUUUAUGGAAAUUAGAAGAACACAGAGAAGUAUUCAAAUUAUUGGCUAAAGAUGCAGAAAAUAAUAUGGAAGCAGCUUCACCGCCAUUAUUUUUAAGAUUCAUUAAUUUAUUAAUGAAUGAUGCUGUGUUCUUAUUAGACGAAGCAUUAACAAAUAUGGCUCAGUUAAGACAAAUGCAAACUGCUCAUGAAUCAGGCCAAUGGAAUAAUUUAUCUGAAAGAGAAAGAGCGCAAAAUAUGUCACACUUGCAACACAUUGGAAUGAUUGCUAGAUUUGAUAAUAUUCUUGGGAAAGAAACCAUCAAUACAUUUAAAUACCUUACAUCAGAAAUAAAAUCAAUAUUUUGUCAUCCCACAAUGGUUGAUAGAGUAGCAGCUAUGUUAAACUACUUUUUAUGUCAUUUAGUUGGACCAAAAAAAAAAAAUUUUAAAGUUAAAGAUAUGAAGGAAUACAAAUUUGAACCAGCCGAAAUAGUUUUGAAUAUUUGUAUGAUAUAUGUACAUUUGGGGGAUACUAAAAAUAGUGAAGCAUUUUGUUUAGCUGUUUCCAAAGAUGGACGAUCCUACAAUCCAUUACUUUUCAAACAGGCUGAAGACGUCUUAGCAAGAAUUGGAGGUGCAUCAUUAAUUGUGGGAAUUACUAAAAUAGCACAGAGAGUAUCAGAACUAGCAAGACAACAAAGUAAUGAUGAAGAGUUAUUACUUACAGAAGCCCCUGAAAACUUUUUAGAUCCUAUUAUGUCUACUCUCAUGGUAGACCCAGUAAUUUUGCCUUCGAGUAAAAUGAAUGUCGACCGAUCUACUAUAGCAAGACAUUUAUUAAGUGAUCAGACUGAUCCAUUUAAUCGUUCUCAUUUGACUAUGGAUAUGGUAAUAACUAAUACCGAAUUGAAAAAUCAAAUUGACGAAUGGAUUAAAAUCAAAAAAUCUCAAAAAUGAAAAGUAAAAAUUACAAUUUUCAAUAUUAGGUACUUCAGUAUGUAUAAGUAAUACUAAGAAGUAAGAACAAUAUUUCCAGGGACCCUCCAUUAAAAGAAAAAUAUUGUUUUUGUUAGAUUUUCAUAUAAUUAAGGUAUUAUUAUGAAUUAUAAAUUUUUAAUAUAUAGACUAUUGGUGUAUAAUAAUUUCAUAAUAAGUACAUACUAUAAUUAUUAAUGAACACUUAUUGUUUUUGUUGCUUGUAUAUAUAUAUAUAUAUAUUUUAAUUGUGGCAUAUGUUUAUAUAUAUAUAUAUAUAGAUCAAUAAAACAAUACUAUAAAUACGGUUCAAGUGUAAAAAGAUAAUGUAUUUGAUGAUGUAUCUGUUAUAUGAGUAAUUUCUUACUAAUAAGCAUUUUUUUAAUGUUAAAUGAAAAUAAAUAACAUUCUGCUCAGUUUUGUUAGACAGACACGUCAUAACAUAAUAACUUUAUAAAAGGUUCAACAUUGUUCUUUAUCUCAUCAUUAUACAUACCCUAGGGUUCUAAAUUUGAAAUAUUUCAAUGAAAUUAUGAAAAAUAUUUUUUUUUCUUUUAAACAUGUUCGGUUAUAGAUGAUCAGAAACAAUAAAUUGAUUGAUUACACUUAGAAUUAAAGAAAAACAUAUUAUUUUUGUUGAUUUAUUAUUUAAUAUUUGUAUAUUCUAUAUUUUAUAGUGCCGAAAAAUAUUCCUGGCAUUAUUUUGAGAAUAAAAACAUUUUUUUACAUGAGUUUUAAAAUAUUGUUGUAUAUCAGAAAAGAUAAUGGUUUGAAAUAGAGUUGAAGUCAAUUCCAACAUUGAAUGAAAUAAUAGUGUAUUUUCAGUAAUUAUAAAGUGUAUAAUAUGUGUGUAUAUGUGGCUGAGGGAUGUGAAGGUUCUCUGGGCUCAUUAUUUAAUACUUAGAUCAUAUAGUUUGUUAUAAGUGUUAUAACUAUUAUAGAUUUGUUAAACAACUUUUAAAUUAUAUGUAAAUAUGUUACAUAUUUUCUUUGUUUCAUACAAUAAAUAAACUUUCAAAAUCA